GAAUUGCUUUUACCUCUUAUAUAUAUUUUUUUCUUAGUGUUUAACACCGUUUAAGUAAUAUUUAUUUUUACGUAGUUUUACUUUAAUGAUAAUCGUAGUUACUUCUUUUUUCGAAGUAUCUUGUAAAUUAAGUUAAAAAAAAUCUACUCUUACGUGAUGUAAACUUCACGGUAGCUGAAUAAAAUUUAUAUUAAAUAUUGUGUAAUUCAGUUCUGAACGAUUUUUAUUAAAAAUAUAUAUUUAUCUUUUCCGUUUCCAAUCAUGUGCUCAAGAUCAUUGUUAGUAUUAUUAUUGAGUAGUGUACUUUUAAUGUUGGUGCUUCCUACAUUCUGUGAUGUACUUAGUGAAUCAAGUUUUAGCUCAGCCAAAGUCCGUGUAACGGAACCAACAGAUUCUGUUGGUGUAAAUGAUUCUUGCAAUGAUGAUAUUGCAUGUUUAACAAUGGCUACUCAAGACAGGGUAGGUUUGGAAGCAAUACGGUCAUUACAUCGACAACUUGAUGAUGAUGCUGAUGGUGCUAUUGAUCUUUCAGAAUCUGAUGAUUUUUUACGCGAAGAAUUAAAAUACGAAAAAGGCGCAGAAAAACGCCAAAAAGCAUUUCAUCAAAAUGAUGACAUGUAUAUUUCUGUUAAAGACUUAUGGGAUGCUUGGGUGAAGUCCGAAGUACAUAAUUGGACUGUUGAGCAAACUUGUGAUUGGCUUUCUACAUCAGUAGAACUGCCUCAAUAUGUUCCUAUUUUUAUAAAAUAUAGAGUGACCGGAGCACAUCUUCCUAGGUUAGCUGUUACUAAUAUGCAAUUUAUAAAUAACGUACUCGGAAUUAAAGAUCCAAUUCAUAAGCAAAAAAUUGCUUUAAAAGCUAUGGAUGUUGUUCUAUUUGGGCCUCCCAAAGAUAAUGUGACACAUUUGAAAGAUUUAGUUUUAAUAACAUUAUUGUUGGGAACAUUGAUUGGUUUUUGGUAUGCUUACAACCAAAAUAAAAGUUCAUCACAACAUUUGAAACGUAUGAUGAGAGAUAUGGAAAGUUUGCAAAAAGCUGAAACUGCUCUUGAAGAUUUACAGAAAGAACUUGAAAAAGCAAAACAAGAACAAGAAUAUGUUACUACUGAAAAAGCAAAUUUAGAAAAACAAUUACAAGAACAACAAAUUAAAGAUGAAAAUUCCUUAAUUCUGAAAUCAUCCUAUUCUGAUUUAGAAAAAAUUUCUCAACUCAAAAAUGAAGUUGAAAUGUUAAGAAAUGAAUUGGCUAGAGCAGAAGGUGAAUUAGAUGACCGUUGUUGGACACCUCCACAUGGAUUACAACAAUGGUUGCAACUAACUCAUGAAAUUGAAAAUAAAUCUUAUAUUAAAAAGAAAUUAAGUGCAGAGAAACAAUUACAACAAGCAAGAGAAGCGUGUGAAAAAUUACGUAAGAAAAGAUCUAGUUUAGUAGGUGCAUUUGUAUCAACUCAUGGAAAAUCAAUUGAUGAUGUCGAUCGCAGUAUUGUGGAAGCAAGAACAUCAUUAAAUGAAGUAACCCAAGAGCUCGCAGAAAGGGUACAUCGAUGGAAACAAAUUGAAACUUUAUGCGGAUUCAACAUAAUAAAUAAUAAUGGGCGCAUGAGUAGCCAAGAUGAUCUUGAAGACGAUUCCAGUCAGUAUUCAGUUUGCGUGGGCCCAGGGACGUCGUAUCAAGACCUUGGUGCUUGUGAAAAUUCCAGACAAUGGCGGGACAACGGCCAGGACUCGUCAGAGGGCGAUCAACCAGAAUGUGUGGACGACGAACAAACUCGUUUCUUAGAUACAAAACCUUGUUUCAUACUCGGCGAAGAAACAUGUGAUGUAAAACAAUCUCAACAAAGUAUUCAAACAUCUGAAACAAUGUUGAAAUCACAUAAUCAUAAUCUUGACACAAAUCAAUCCACAUCUGAACAAGUUGUCGCUCCUGAUAUAUUCCGCCAUUCAUAUUCAGAUUCUAGUUUGGAUCCUAAGCAUAGAAAAAUUUCAAAAGCAACUAGCCGUACUGAUGCUGGCCCAGUAUCUCCAACAACUAGUGAUGUGUCUGUGAAACGCAUAAAACGACACAAAUUAUUCCCAAUAUUUUUAUCAGCUAAAAGUAAAACAGCUAAAACCUAUCAAAAUUCUGAUUCCCCAAAUUUAAGUAAUGACAAGACGUUAAAAUUAUCAAAACAAAAAUCAUAAUUUUACUCAUUCCUUUCUAUAUGUUGCUUGUAUAUAAUUAUGAUUGUGAUAAACAUGAUUUGGGAAUGUUGAAAAGUGAUUUAUUAUUGGUGUGAUUGUUAUAAAUUAUAACUAUUUAUGUAUCUAGUUUUAGACUGAAUUAUGCACAAGACAAGUAAUUCCAGUUAUUGUUUUAGAUAAAUUGAAUGUAUAUAAAUUAAUUAUUUUUAAUAAAUUUUAAUUUAUAAAGUUUAUAGAAGGUGCCUUAAAAGUACUUAGAACUGUUAAACAGUACUUAAUUCAUGAAGACAAAAAAUGAAUUUCAUUUUUUUAUAAACCUUUUUGAUGUGAUUGUUAAACUCAAGAACAUUAUUUAUAGGACUGAACAAUGUGAAUCACAAAAUAGAUCAAAUUAUCUAUUUUGUGAUGGAAUUAAGCUAGACAA